GAGGCACAGCUGGUGAGAAGUUUACGCGAUGCGCCUGAACGCGUCUUCAUAAGUGAGGCUGCGCGCUGAUUGGCUGCCGCCCCUCUCCCCCCUCCUCACUCUCGCUCUCUCGCUCUCUCUCACUCCGAGGGCUCAGUCGGCAGCGACGCUCUCCGCGGCUCCUCACACACUGGCGAGCGCGUGUGUCUGCGUGCGGCGGGAGGAUGCGCCCGCGGAAGCUGCCGUCCCUCUCGGAGACUGACUCCCGGCGAUAGCGGCCUGGCCAUGGACGCGCUCGCGCUGCUGCGCUGCUCCACCUCCGCCACGCUUGUGUCCACCUUCGUGUCGUGGAGCAUCAUCAAGACGCUGUAUAUCUGCUGCUUGCAGACGUCCAACUCUGCGUGGGCCGACUCUCCUGACUGGUUCCAUCAUGACUACGUGUUUGUAAGUCCGGCAGAGGUCGACUCUGAAGGUCGCUUCCUGACGCAUGACGUGACUCGACGUCGCAGCAGACGCGCCGCCUUGGCCUCGCGACAUUACCUGGUGUCUGCCUUCGGUCAGGACCUGCUGCUGGACCUGCGACCGUCCCCGGUGGUGGGUCCAGGCUUCACGGUGCAGGAGCUGCGUGGCGGCGGGAUCCGAACCGUGGCGGGAAGCGGCGCAUUCGACGACUGCCUAUAUCAGGGAUUUAUCCGGAACAUGUCGACCUCCUCUGCCGCCAUCUCCACCUGCUCCGGACUGUCCGGUUUGAUCCGUGUGUCGGAGGAGGAGUAUCUCAUCGCCCCGCUACCUCAUCAUCUGGCCCGACGACACAACUACACCGCGCCCGAGGGUCGCCGCCCCCACGUGGUCUACAGGCGCUCGGCGGAACCCGCCAUCCACGACCCACCGGCCCGCUCCACCGGUCACAACCCUUCAUCGUACAACGGCCAUGGUCACCAUGAGUCCCAGCACGGGAAGCUGCAGAGGCAACACUUCUGCGGACGCCGCAAGCAAAACGCGCCGCAGCCCCCCGAUGACGACCGCUUCUCCCUCCCAGACGAGUUUGAUGCCCUCGAGGCCGGUGAGGCGGGCCGUGCCCGGAGGUCGCCCGUCACUUCCAACAGGGUCGGGGGCCUGAACGUGGAGACCCUGGUGGUGGCCGACAGGAAGAUGUUGGAGAAGCACGGCCGCGAGAACGUCACCACCUACGUGUUGACCGUCAUGAACAUGGUGUCGAGCCUGUUCAAGGACGGAACCAUCGGCACCGACAUCAACAUCGUGGUGGUCAGUCUGCUGCUGCUGGACCAGGACCCUAUGGGUCUGACCAUCAACCACCACGCGGACCAGUCCCUCAACAGCUUCUGCCAGUGGCAGUCCGGUCUGAUGGGGAAAGGCGGCAAACGCCACGACCACGCCGUCCUGCUGACGGGCCUGGACAUCUGCUCCUGGAAGAACGAGCCCUGCGACACGCUGGGCUUCGCUCCCAUUAGCGGCAUGUGCAGUAAAUACCGGAGUUGCACCAUCAACGAGGACACGGGACUGGGGCUGGCCUUCACCAUCGCCCACGAGUCCGGACACAAUUUUGGGAUGAUCCACGACGGAGAGGGGAACCCUUGUCGUAAAACCGAGGGCAACAUCAUGUCGCCCACUCUGGCGGGGAACAACGGCGUCUUCUCCUGGUCCACCUGCAGCCGGCAGUACCUCAGCCGCUUCCUCGGAACGGCGCAGGCGUCGUGUUUGGUGGACGAGCCGAAGCAGAUCGGACAGUACAAGUAUCCGGAGAAGCUUCCAGGGCAGCUGUACGACGCCGACACGCAGUGCAAGUGGCAGUUCGGGUCCAAGGCCAAAUUGUGUGGCCUGGACUUCGUGAAGGACAUCUGCAAGUCUCUCUGGUGUCACCGCACCGGUCACCGCUGUGAGACCAAGUUCAUGCCGGCGGCGGAAGGAACCACCUGCGGUCCAGACAUGUGGUGCUGGCGGGGUCAGUGCGUCAAGUUCGGGGACCACGGUCCGAGGCCGGUCCACGGCCAGUGGUCUUCCUGGUCGCAGUGGUCGGACUGCUCCAGGACCUGUGGGGGCGGGGUCAUGCACAGGGAGCGCACCUGCACCAGCCCCAGGCCACAGAACAACGGGAAGUUCUGCUCCGGCUCGUCUCGUCUCAACCAGCUGUGCAACACUCGACCGUGUCCCGUCGACUCGCUGGACUUCAGGGCCCAGCAGUGCGCCGAGUACAACAGCAAGGCCUUCAGAGGCUGGUUCUACAAGUGGAAGCCCUACACCAAAGUGGACGCGGAAGAUGUGUGCAAGCUCUACUGCAUCGCCGAGGACUUCGACUUCUUCUUCGCCAUGUCCAGUAAAGUCCGGGACGGAACGUCCUGCUCCGAGAGCCGAGCAGACGUCUGCAUCGAUGGAGUGUGUGAGUCGGUGGGCUGUGACCAGGUCCUGGGCUCCAGAGCCGCUCCGGACGCCUGCGGAGUCUGUGAGGGAGGAAACUCCACUUGCAAGUUCUUCAAGGGCCAGUACACGCUCCAGCACCGAGCUAACGAGUACUACUCCAUGGUGACCAUCCCGCCUGGCGCUCGCAGCAUCCUGCUCCAGGAAAUGGAGGUGUCCACCAGCUACCUGGCGGUGCGAUCUCUGAAGAGGAAGUACUACCUGACUGGAGACUGGACCGUGGACUGGCCUGGCAGGUUCCACUUCGCCGGGACGGCGUUCGACUACCAGCGCUCCUUCAACAAGCCGGAGAGCCUGUACGCCGCCGGACCCACCAACGAGACGCUGGUGUUCGAGAUCCUGCUGCAGGGGAAGAACCCGGGCGUGAGGUGGGAGUACACGCUGCCGCGCACCGAGAGGAAGCCGGACUUCAGCUGGGGGGUGGUGCGCUCCGACUGCUCCGCUGCCUGCGCCGGAGGUCGCAUCUCCACCAAGGCCAUCUGCCUGCAGGACCACAAGCUGCAGGUCAACUCCAGCAUGUGUCUCCCUCAGACCCGGCCCACGCUGGGCUCACAGCUCUGCAACACCCAGCCCUGCGCCGCCCAGUGGCUGACGGGCGAGUGGAGCGCGUGCAGCCGCUCCUGCGGAGGCGGUCAGCAGACGCGGGCGCUGCGCUGCGUGAGGAAGGUGACGUACCAGAGGGAGGAGGUGGUGGCGCACUCGCUCUGCCCCGUGGUCACGCCGGCGCACGUGCAGCCCUGCGGCACACACGCCUGCCCGCCCGAGUGGAGCGCCGGCGCCUGGACGCAGUGCUCCAAGACGUGCGGCCGCGGCCUGAGGAAGAGGACGGUGUUCUGCGGGGUCCGGGAGGCGGUGGUCCCCGACAGCAUGUGCCGGCAGCACCACAGACCCCGGGCCCAGGAGACCUGCGUGCUGCGGCGCUGCCCCAAGAACGAGCGGCUGCAGUGGCUCCCCGCGCCCUGGAGCCCGUGCUCCAGGAGCUGUGGCUCGGGCGUCCAGACCAGGGAGCUGCUCUGUGGAGAGAAGGACCAGCGAGGCGGGUUCCAGCAGUUCCCGACCCGGCGCUGCAGGAACGUGGCCAAGCCUCCGCUGGAGCUGGAGCAGACCUGCGGCCAGACCCCCUGCCCCGAGCCGCCCCGCCUCUUCAGCCCGCUCCUCUUCGGCUGGUACUCGUCGCCGUGGCAACAGUGCUCCGUGUCCUGCGGCGGCGGCGUCCAGACCCGGUCCAUCCAGUGUCUCCGCCAGGGUCGACCCGCCUCCGGCUGCCUGCUCCACCAGAGGCCCGUCUCCUCGCGGGCCUGCAACACUCACUUCUGCUCCGCUGCGCCCCCUGCUGGCCCGGCCAGCAACCGGGUCAGCGGCGCCGCUGAGAUCACCAGAGGCGAGCUCUGCCUGGACCUGUUCAGCUGGUGCCACCUGGUGCCUCAGCACGGCGUCUGCAGCCACCAGUUCUAUGGUCAGCAGUGCUGCCGCUCCUGCUCCGGCCGGAGGACCUGAACCGGGCCCCGCCGGACUCACCGGACUGUUGCUGGCAGCGCAUGUGGGCUGGGAGCAGGACCGCCGGAAGCGGGGGGCGGAGACUCCGGCGCCCCGUUUUCACACUUGUACAUUUACGAAGCGCUUUGGUUUUAUUUAUUCCGGCUGUUGCUGGACUUCUGCUGCCAGACCAGAACCAAGGGGCUCCAGCCACCCGAGACGCCAGACCGCUCCCCACCGUGCGUCAGUCAUGUGAUCUGACCUGACUCGUCCCUCUGUGUCGACCCGUCAGCUGCUGUCGCCACCGGAGCGAACAACAUUACGACCGCUGAGUAGAAGAACGGCUGAGUUGGCGUGCAGCUGGGUCCAGUUUGGAAUCAAACAGGAAGUGUUUUAUACAUCGAUCAGCUAAUUUAUCAAAAUAAAAGGUUCAAAACGGAAUGAGAACCAUUUGGUUUCUAUUGGACAGUUUGACUGAGGGUUGAUGGGGGCGGAGCUUGAUGAAGAUAUCAACAAAUAGAUCUUUUUUAAAAACAUAUUUGUGGCUUCCUCUCAUUUGUCUCUGAUUUUAUUUGUAACUUUUCUGUCUGCUAUUGUGGUUGGAUGAUGGAUGGAAGUCUGGGCCUCUGCGACCCCACCUGUGGACCUUCUCCAGAGGCGUGUGCUGGCUCCGCCCCGGGGCCUCCUCCCUGAUGGACACCUCCCUAGUCCUGGAGACAUCUCCUCCGUCUCCUGGAGGAGCAGAGGUUCUCCUCCGAGUCUCUCCCGGACGACUGAGCUGGAGCGCUCGUGUCCAUUGUUCUUCAGGCCACUCCCAAGCUUCGCCUUCUGGCUCAGCUCUUCUCGUGACCGUGAGUGAAGAAACGUGCUGAACAGGUGU